AUGAGUGGAGGCGGCAAUACCACUCCUCCCGAACCACGGCCGAUGACUCAGCAAUUACCUAUUAACUCUUUCUUUCCGCCUUGGAGCCCUUACCCGUUGUCAAUCCUUCAUCAUCUACUAGGAUCAGUGAGCCUUUCUCUAUCGACUACUUUGAGCGUGAAGAGAAGAACUGAAGGCAAAAUCAUUGAAACUUUAAGCAGACACUACCAGAGUGUUUCAAUGGAAAACGAUCUCAAUGACUUCUUGAACAUACCUCUUUCUUAUGGUUAUAUCUCCUCCAGCAGUUCAGUUGAUGGAAAUGAGAAUACUUUUGCCUUGACUUUGUGA